ACCCACCGACCUCGCGACCUCCCUCCAUCUCCACUCCAUCGUCUUGUCAGCCCAGCCGUCAAGAUGAGCUUCAUCCAAAAGCGCGCUCUUUCGACCCUGAUCCCUCCCAAGAUUGCCUCUCCCAAUGCAAUUGGCUCCUCUCCCAAUGCACUCCGCAUGCAGAAGGUGGUGAGCUUCUACGAGAAGCUGCCCCGUGGCCCAGCUCCCGAGCCCGAGGCCAAGGGCCUCCUCGGACGCUACCAGAAGAAGUACUUUGGCAAAAACCCCUCAGGAAGGCCGCUCGUGCACGUAAUUGGCAUCCUGAUUGCGUUUGGCUACGCACAGAACUACUACUUCCAUCUGCGCCACCACAAGAACAACGAGCACUAGGACGGACCAGGUGCGCUCACGAGAUGAUGGGAGUCACUAGGCAGCAUGUGUAGAUAUAGAGUGUAGAUGGUCAAUCAAGCACCUAGCGAAGACAGUUCACGUUGUGUUGCUUCAACUGAUGCAUUUUCUCAUUUACCUAACCUGACGUGACCUCUGCUUCUGCCUCUGCCCUGCCUCUGCCUCUGCCUCUGCCUCUGCCUCUGGUUGUUAGGCACUUACCUGCCCACACCGUGAUUCACCCGCCCUUCCUCUUCACCGUGCAUGCGUGAACACGUCAGCUGGCUGCAAGUGUGAGAGUGUGACGUGGGGCUUCCCAAAGCAUUCGCACUCAUACAAAGAGA